AUGUACAACAAAUUAAGCCCCAAUCCAUCUUACUCGAGGUCAUCCGCGGGUGACAAUGUCCUCAAUGUCACGCUCGCUGAGCUCCUCGUCGCCGAGGUCACGGAAGAGGAUCUUGCCGGCAGUCUUGGCGACACCCUUGAAGAUCUUGCCAAUGCUGAACUUGCGCUCCUCGAGGUCGCGCUCCUCGAUCAUGUCGUCGAAGUCACGGGUCUCGAGAUCGCUGGACUCCUCGAAGGCGCGGGUGACGAGCUCCUCGAUGUCUCGCUCGUCGAGCUCGUCGACGUCGCGCUCGGAAAGGUCACGGAAGAGGAGCUUUCCGGCGGUCUUGGCGACCUUUCCAAUGGCCUUGGUGAGGAAGAAGCGCUCCUCGAGGUCGCGCUCAUCGAUUUCCUCGAUGUCACGCUCCUCCAUGUCGUCAAAGUCGCGCUCCUCCAUCUCCUCGUCGAACUCGCGGGCCUCGAGGUCGGCGUCCUCGGCGUAGCGGGUGAAGAUCUCCUCGAUGUCACGCUCGCUCAGCUCGUCAAGGUCGCGCUCGGCAAGGUCUCGGAAGAGGAUCUUGCCGGCGGUCUUGGCGACGCCCUUGAAGAUCUUGCCAAUGCUGAACUUGCGCUCCUCGAGGUCACGCUCCUCGAGCUCGUCGUCGAAGUCGCGGAUCUCGAGGUCCUCCUCGUCGAAGUAUCGGGCGACGAGCUCGUCGACGUCGCGCUCGCUCAUCUCAUCGAUGUCACGCUCGGCAAGGUCACGGAACAGCAGCUUGCCGGCGGUCUUGGCGACCUUGCCGAUGGCCUUGGUGAGGAAGAAGCGCUCCUCAAGGUCACGCUCCUCGAGCUCCUCCUCGUAGUCGCGAGCGUCGAGCUCAGCAUCUUCGGCAUAUCGGGCAACGAGCUCGUCAAUGUCGCGCUCGCUCAUCUCCUCAAGGUCACGCUCGGCAAGGUCACGGAACAGAAGCUUGCCGGCGGUCUUGGCAACACCCUUGAAGAUCUUGCCGAUGCUGAACUUGCGCUCCUCCAAGUCACGGGUGUCGAGCUCGGAGUCAUCGAUGUAUCGGGCAACAAGCUCGUCGAUGUCACGCUCGCUCAUCUCCUCGAGGUCGCGCUCGGCAAGGUCUCGGAAGAGGAUCUUGCCGGCAGUCUUAGCGACACCCUUGAAGAUCUUGCCGAUGCUGAAUUUGCGCUCCUCCAAGUCGCGGGCGUCGAGCUCGGAGUCGUCGUAGUAGCGCUGGACCAAUUCCUCGAUCUCACGCUCAUCGAGCUCGGCGACGUCACGGAAGCCGAGAAGGCUCUUGCCGACGCUGGCGGCACCCUUGAAGACCUUGCCGAUGCUGAACUUGCGCUCCUCCAGGUCACGCUCCUGGAUCUCGGCCUCGAUGGCACGCUCGAGAAGGCCGGAGUCGACAAUGUCCUGGGUAGCCUGGACGGGGAGGGCCAGGGCCUGGCUGACAAGGCCGAGGACGACGGCGGUGGGGAGAGCGAUGUUGUUGAUGGCGACCAUUUUGAAUAUAUUUAA